AUGCCCACCUCCUCAUUCGACUUCCCAAACCCCCUCAACAUGGACCCUGCGCAGCUCAAGCUGUUGCUCUCGCUGCUACCCAAGCUGCCUUUGAUAGCGCGGGUCGCCCUCCUCCACGCUCUGCACAUGUCCAAGUCGUCCAAGUACCUCGACUUGCGGAGCGACCUCAUCGUCUCGGUCCUGCGUUCAUAUAUUCAACCAACCAAGUUACGGUCCAUCACUUCCACUCAAAAGAUCACCAACCGAGACGGUGGCGUGAAAGGAAGAAUCUGGGUCUCUGCCUACGCCUGCCCUAUCCCCGAAACCGAUGUCCGUGAUGCCCUCAUCGGGGCCGUCCAGUCGCUGAGAACACUAGGCACGCCCGAGAUCGAUCUGCGUUUGCCGGAUAUCGUACCAGUCGAGGCUGAAUGGACAGGUUACCGUUCCGGUGCCACAGACGAGGAACGGCCACCCCCGAUUGGAGAAAAAGACAAGUACGAAAACCUUCAAAAAGAGCUCACUAGUCCUCUGACGGUGUUGUAUUUUCACGGUGGAGCGUACUAUCUCCUCGACCCGUCGACUCAUCGCCCGGCGACCAAGAAGAUAGCCAAGCUGACGGGCGGUCGUGUGUACUCGGUCCGUUAUCGCCUUGCCCCGCAAAACCCCUUUCCGGCGGCCCUGCUAGAUGCUCUCAUCUCCUACAUGGCACUUAUAUAUCCGCCUUCGGACGCCUACCAUCAGCCGGUUAACCCGCGACACAUUGCAGUUGCCGGGGACAGCGCCGGUGGCAACUUGAGUCUCGCUUUGCUACAGCUCUUGCUAGAACUACGCAGGAAGAACAGAAGGAUCCUAUGGAACGGUGAAAAACGAGAUGUUCCACUGCCUGGAGGACUUGCUUUGAACUCGCCUUGGCUUGACAUCACGCAAAGCUCAGCAAGCUGGGACGCCAACGGGGAUUUCGAUUAUCUCCCAACUGCUGCGGCAUAUGCCAAGUACAACCCGCCCCCAUGCGAAGCAUGGCCCGCGAAGCCUCCACGGAUGGCCCUUUACGCAGACGAUGACCUUCUGGUGCACCCGCUGGUAACACUGGUCAUGAGCCGAAAUUGGGAAGGCGCGCCUCCUGUGUUCAUCUGUACGGGGUGGGAGCUGUUGGCUGACGAAGACAAGUACAUGGCCCGCAAGUUGCACGAGGAUGGCGUGACGGUGGUGUUUGAAGAGUACGAGGGCAUGCCGCACUGCUUCUCCCUCAUCUUGACUAAGACGCCCAAUGCCAGGCGCUGUUUCGACGGCUGGACUGGGUUCAUGAGGAAGAUCAUCACGCAUCCGGAUACCAUUGAUUCCAAGGCCAUCACGGUCAAGGCCAAGACGGUCGAGGAAGUCUCUCUGACCUUUGAGUCUUUGCUGAGCAAUGUUAGCGAGGAGGACAUGCACAUGAGGGUUUUGAAGAAAAAAGAGAUGAGCUUGGCAUCCGCUUCAGACGCAGCAGUCCCAAAAUUAUAA